AUGAAUUUGAUAAAUGAAAUCAUUGAAGGCGGUGGAAAUGCUGAUGAAGUUGAAAAUGAAGUGCUCACAGAAAAAAUUGUCAGUGAAACGUAUGAGAAAAUAAACCUGGAUAUCAAAGGUCCUAUAAACUACUUCAAUGGUGUCUUCGAUGAUGAAAUCAUAACGGAGAUUUGUACCGAAACAAAUCUUUAUUCUAUGCAAACGAAUGGCGUAGAGCUUCAUUGUGCACCUUUCGAAAUCAGACGAUUUAUUGGCGUACUUUUUUAUUUGGGCGUGAUACAAGUUCCAAAUAUGCGAAUGGCUUGGACGCCAAGCUUCAAAUUAUCAGCUGUUGCGGAUUCUUUAUCCAAAACACGCUUUGAGAAAAUCAAAGGAGCCUUUCACCUAAAUGAUAGCACAAAACAGCCGCAACCAGUAUCACCCGAUUACGACAAGCUAUAUAAAAUACGUCCCUUAUUGGCCAGACUGAAGGAGAAAUGCAACAAAUUACAGCAGGAAGAACAUCAGAGCAUAGAUGAACAGAUGAUAAAAUUUAAGGGACAUAACAGUCUAAAAGCGCCGAAUUCCAACUACUCGGAUGUCAUGAAACGUAUUACUAUUGGUGAUGAGUCUUGGCUUUAUCCUUACGACCCGGAAAAAUACGAUCAAUCGACCGAAUAUCUUGGCAAAGAUGAGUCUAAGCCGAAAAAAACCACGUCAAGUCAGGUCAGAAAUCAAGAUGAUGUUGACAGUUUCUUCGAUUAUCGAGGUUUCAAAAAUGGUGCACAUAAACUCGAACAACAACAACAGCAGCAGCAACAGCUUGAGCAUACAGCAAAACUUCAAGCGACGGCUGGCGGCAAGCGCUUCAGCGGCAGCCAUAGCAACAACAGCAAUAGCAAUUGUGGAAGCGCACGCGGCAGUGGCAGUGGCAGCGGCAGCGGUGUUAGCGGUGGCAACGCCACCAACAAUCGCAACAGCAUUGGCAACGGCAGCUGUGUGUCGACGUCGACUACCUCAGCAGCAGCAACAUCAGCGGCAGCGGGAACUGGCAAGCGACGCAAAUCAAAGCCGACAAAGUGCUUUAGUAGCACAGUGUUUCGCUGUUGUAUACCUUGUCGCGGGGGCGGCUCAGCAGCCCCCGCUACAAGUCCGCCUCAUUCGCCCGCAACGCCCGCGGAUGAUGUAAAUAACGGCACUAGCAUAACCGCAGCAAUCCAGAAAAAGUACGCGAAAGCAGCAAACGAAAAGAAACGAGAUAGCGGCAACAUAAGUGCACCCUAUGCCGAACUAGAUGCCGACGUAGACGCUGACGUCGAAGUUGAAGCAGUAGCAGCGAACGGCAAGAAGCAUUCGCUAGCCGACACAAUUGCCACCUCGGCAACCACACCCAUAUCUUUAAAAACCAUUAUAAACGACAAUGAUGAACUCGAGCCGCCGACCUUGAGCGUAGCCGACAUUGCAGCCGCCACACUUGCCAGCGGUAUCGUAGCACGUAAAGCCGAACCGGAAACACUGAGUGACGCCAGUGUCUCACCGACUGCUGCUAUACAGCAGCCACCAUACCUGGGUGCGCCUAUUAACGUCCCACAAGGUUUGAAUGCCAACGGCAGCGCCGCUUUAAGCAUCAGUGCUCAGCAAAUAUCACCAACUAAAACGCCUAGUAACGUGUCGACAGUGACGUCCCUUAUCACUGUUAUUGGGCAAAUAAGUAACGCAGCCACACUGCAGCAGCAACAGCAAACUCAACAACAACAACAACAGCAACAGGUACCACCACCACCGCCACCCGCCGCGCAAUCAGCGCCACGCGUCUCGCAAUCACAAACCUCGCCACUACCGCACAUCAAAGAGGAGGAAGAAUCCGAGCAUAUCGGCAAUCGGCACCAAUACUCACCGCCCGUCGACGCCGAGCAGGCUGUUGGCGGCACCUUAACUACUGUUAGUGACAGCAGCGAAAGCACAAACGCACCCCAAUCCACAAACACAUCGUUCUCAGCGCCGACCAGCGGCCAUCAGGAGUUAGUCACACCAAGCGCUUCAACUCCUUCACCACGCAUCAAACUCAAAUUUCGCAAGCAACACAAAUCGGCUUGGUCUCGUUCGGUACUUGCGCCCAGUAGCGCCACCAGCAGCGUUGCUGGUGUGGGCGGUGGUAGCGGUGGUGGAGGUGCUGGUGGCGGCAGUGGCAGUGGCGGCGCUACCUCCAACGAAACCCUCGCUUCGAACGGCAGCAACACCAACACAGCGACCAGCGUCAGCAGCGGCGGCUUACAUCGCAUCUCAUUGUCUUCAGUGCCACACGCGUCCAGCUCUGCACAGCUUCUACCAGCUACCAAGAUGCAGGCCGAACAGGGCUCCAUUGGCGAUUUGCAGAAAUACCACAGCAGAUAUUUGAAGAAUCGACGGCAUACACUAGCGAAUGUUCGGUAA